AUGGCUUUUGGAGGAAGAAUAAACUCAGACAUUCUCUGUAGUGAAAUGGUUGAUCUACCAUGUACUAUGUGUGAACGUAAAGGCAGAUGUAUAGAAGCAGAGAAAUACUGUGUAGAAUGUCAGGACUAUUAUUGUUUGCGAUGUGUCAACGUUCAUGGGGAUGUCCCAUCACUGAGUCGGCACAAUAUAUUUGACAAAGGACAGUUUCCAUCAGAAUCAGUCCAUGAACGGCCGGGUACCGGCAAAGCUCUACCUCUUGUGCUAACAGAGCGAUGUAACAUACACACCCAUCACUUUGUAGACAUGUACUGUCAAAACCAUGAUGAUGUUGGUUGUGGUACAUGCAUGGCAUUAGAUCAUAGGUCAUGCCACCAUACCUUUUAUAUACCAGAGUUUCUUCAAAAUAACACAAGGAUACUGCCAGCGAAGACAAUGCUGAAGAAAAUAGAAUCCAUUGCGACAAUACUGGAAGUUAAUGUUGAAAAAUUACGAAAUGCAAAACAAGAGAUCUUAACAAAAAAACUUGCAACAGUAGAAACUAUAAGAAGGAUUAGAAAGGAAUUCAAUGAAAGACUUGAAGAACUAGAGAAGAACACUUUAGCUCACACAGAAAUUAGAUAUAAGCAUUUAUAA